CGUCUCGGUGAAGUUGCAACCCUAAACCCCUUUCAAGAAACCAAAAGCGCGGGUUCUCUCUCUCUCUCUCUCUCCGCCGAAGAAGGGGAGGGGCGUAUCUGCAGCACGGUUCCUCCUCCUCUUGCCGACCACCAUGCCUAAAUCCAAGCGAAACAAAGUUGUGACGCUGUCGAAGACGAAGAAAAAGGGGAGGGAUCAUAAGGAGUCUAUAGUAAGUGCAAUUAGGGAAGCCGCGGAGAGCUACAGCUCCGCCUAUGUUUUCACCUUCGAGAAUAUGAGGAAUCUCAAGUUCAAGGAGUUCAGAGAUCAACUGAAGACCACCAGCAGAUUUUUCCUUGGUUCAAACAAAGUCAUGCAAAUCUCCCUUGGCAGAACGCCUGCAGAUGAAAUCAAGGAAGGAAUUCACAAGGUCUCCAAGAUACUUCGCGGAAAUACUGGGCUUUUGUUUACCAACUUGCCAAAGGAGGAGGUCGAAAGGUUAUUUGAAGAAUAUGAAGAACAUGAUUUUGCGAGGACUGGAACUAUUGCAACUGAGAAGGUUGAAUUAAAAGAAGGACCCCUUGAUCAGUUUACCCACGAGAUGGAACCUUUCCUGCGGAAGCAGGGGAUGCCUGUUCGUUUGAACAAAGGUGUGGUGGAAUUGGUAGCAGAUUUUGUAGUAUGUGAAGAAGGAGUGUCAUUGUCACCCGAAUCAGCUCGCAUUCUGCGUCUGCUCGGUGUUGAGAUGGCUACAUUUCGCCUGCGCCUCUUGUGUCGGUGGACCGCAGGGGAUUUUGAAGUUUACAGGGACGGACUAAAUGUCUCCGAUAUUGAAUCUUCUUAAGGCUUACUUUUUGCAUCCGUUUGUACCAAAGUCCAAUGACUUGUUUGUUGAACGCAAGUCAAGUCACAAGUUUUGUCUUGGGUAUUGUAUCAAAUGUUGGUGGAGAGAACUAGUGACUAUGGUUUCUGAUUCUUUCCUUUUUGUUCUGAUCAAACUACUCGUUGCUGGUUUGGUCCUCCAUUAUUUACGAUGUCUAUUGAGAGGAAAACAUUCGGCGUUAGUGUUCUAUUCAGUUUCCGGGACUCAGUUUAUGCAUAUAUAAGAAAAAAAUUAACUUUGUGGAAA